AUGGUUUUGUAUCCAAAUCAGACUGAGCUGAUAUCUGAUGAUCAAAAUGGAAAUAUUCUUGUAUGGGACUUGAUUGCAAACUCUCAUUUCAAGAUGGAAGAUGGAGUUAUACAUGUUUAUGCAAGUGAAAAGCAUUCUGUUGAUCUCUUUCCUAUUGCAAGCAGUGCAAAAACUUUUUUCAUUGACAUGCAUCACAUUCUCAAAAUAAUCUUUGUUGGAAAUGUUCGUUUUGUAUGCUAUCAUCGAUUUAGAUUUCUUGAAGAGCUCGAAAGAGAGUUCUUCACCGAAUAUGGAGAGGCAGGAAGAUAUGAAGUUCAAGACGUGGUUGGAAAAGGCAGUUAUGGUGUUGUAGGGUCUGCCACUGAUUAG